GUCGACUUUCGUUUCAACUAUAGAACCCUACUGGCAACUAUGUUGAGUAUAUGUUUAAGUCUGGCACUAAUUAGUAUACAUAUAUUUAUAUUAGUCAUAAUAUAAUUAAUCAAAUAUUAAAUCCUGAUACUACCAUAAUAUUGUGGUGACGUCAUAGAAAUGAAGUCAUUAAAUUCAGAUUGUUCGGGAAAUAAUAGUAAUAUUUCUGUAAAAACUGAACCGUUAACAAUUGCAAAGGAUAAUGAGGAAUUACAUUUUCAACAACCAAAUACAUUGGUUAAUUCAAACAAUAACAUCAAUAAACGUCCUAUGUCUUUAGAUUUAAAAAACUCAUCAAAAAAGCAGCGUUUAGUACCACCAUCUCCACUUAUUAUUGCUUCACCAGAUGCGCAAGCAGUUAAACCUCUUACCACUCCAGAUUUGGAAAAAUUGCUUCAUUUAUUACCAACGCCACAACCUGGGUUAAUAUACCAAGCAAAAUCAUCUGCAGUAACUUCUGAGCAAGAGGCAUUCGGGAAAGGAUUUGAGGAGGCGUUACAUAGUUUACGCAAUAAUGGUAGUAAACAAAUACAAACAGAAAAUAAUGCCAAUGUUGUAGUUGGUUUAUCCAAUACAAGUACAACCAAUGUAGGAACAGGAAUGAGUGGUGGAUCGUUUACAUAUACAAAUUUAGAAUCGUUUAAUCCUGUUCCAAUAAAAGACGAACCACAAAAUUCUUCUACCUCGCCACCAGUAAGCCCAAUUGAUAUGGAGACACAAGAAAAAAUAAAACUUGAACGCAAACGUCAGAGGAAUCGGGUAGCAGCUUCAAAAUGUCGAAAAAGGAAACUUGAACGGAUUUCGAAAUUAGAAGAAAAAGUUAAAAUUUUGAAAGGAGAAAACACAGACCUUGGUUCAAUUGUAAAAAAUCUUAAAGAACAUGUAGCUCAGCUUAAGCAGCAAGUAAUUGAGCACAUCGAAUCUGGUUGCAGCAUAAAUGGAACUACAUUGUUGCCAACUAAAUGAUUUUAAACUAUAAUAUAUUUUUUAUAAGUAGCAUAAAUUAAUAAUUAUUAAUUUCUGCGAGUAAUGUAUUUUUCAAUUUAUCAUUGUGUUGUUUAUUGUUACGAUAUUGAAUUUUGAAUACAACCCUGCUCUACGACACUAAUAUUUUAUCUAUGAUCUAUUGUUUGUUCAUUCUUUUAUUUUGAUGUUCUUUCUCACUUUUUAUCUUUUUUAUCUAACGGUUAUUUUUAUUCUUUGAACAUUGUGAAAUCUUUUAGUCGUAUUAAACUUUUAAACUUGAAA